AGCGCCUCAAAAUCAGGGAGUUUUUCAUCUGGCCAGAAGCCUCUUCAUCACUUCCUGAUGAGAAACGCAGGAGACCUAACAACAGCCCUUUUAAAAACAACAUCCCCAAUUCCACUAACUCGUUAAACAGAGAGAGCCUGAAAAGUGCCAACACUCCUAUGAGAAAAGACGGGAGAGAGAGAGAGAGAGAGGGAGGAAAGAAAAAGCAGGUUAUUUAUAACACCAGGCUGCGUUAGGGUCUCUUCAGUCUGCAAACUGUCUGCUGCUAGGAGGUCACUCCCAAAAAACCUGCACAGCCCGUGACCUGCAAGCACAGUGUUUGAUCUGGGAUCUAGGGCGGGCACCAGCCCUUGCACGCUGGGAGACGCACUCACAUGCUGCUUGACACACGGGAGAUCCUAGAGCAGCACAGCAAGGCUUUGGAAAGGAGGCUCUCCACUUGGUCCCUCCAGCUCCAGCACCAUGCAUUGGGCCACCAUCCUGCUCGUUGCUGGGUUCUGCGGAGUCUCCCUGGGCCAGUACAAUGAGGAGGAGGACCUGGCAUGGCUGCAGUACUACAUGCGGCAGUCCCGGAUGUCCUCCUACAACUACAUGCCCUACUACGAGGAUGAGAACAGCCCCUACGUUUACUCCUACCUUCCGGCCCCAGACACUGAGGCAGAACCCAUCCCUGAAGCUCAGCAGGCCUCAUCCUGGCAAUGCCCCCAGGAAUGUGACUGUCCCCCCAACUUCUCUUCAGCCAUGUACUGUGACACACGCAACCUGAGGUAUCUGCCCUUUGUUCCCACCCGGAUGAAGUACGUCUACUUCCAGAACAACCAAAUCACCGCUAUCCAGGAAGGAGCUUUCGACAACGCCACCGAGCUGGAGUGGCUCGCACUGCACAACAACCAGAUCAGCAGCGAGAAGAUGGGCAAGAGGGUCUUUGCCAAGCUCAAAAACCUGGAGCGGCUGUACAUGAACAACAACAACCUGACCAAGAUGCCCAGCCCCUUGCCCCGGUCCCUGAGGGAGCUCCACUUGUCUUACAACCAGAUCUCCAAGGUCCCCUCCAAUGCUCUGGAGGGUCUGGAGAACCUCACAGCCCUGUACCUCAGCCACAACUACAUUUUUGAGAUGGGAGCGUCCCUCAAAGGGCUCAAGUCCUUGAUCCUUGCUGAUCUGAGCUACAACCACCUCAGGAAAGUCCCUGAUGGGCUCCCAAUGAAUCUGGAACAGCUCUACCUAGAGUACAACUACAUCAACACCAUCCCUGAAGACUAUUUCAAGGUGUCUCCCAAGCUGCUCUACGUAAGGAUGUCCCACAACGUCCUGACAAACCAAGGGCUCUCUACCAACACUUUCAACAGCAGCAGCAUCCUCGAGCUGGAUCUCUCCUACAACCGGCUCCAGAAGAUCCCCCGGGUCAGCACCAAUCUGGAGAACCUCUACCUUCAAGGGAACCAAAUAAAUGAAUUCUCCAUCAGCAGUUUCUGCACUGUCGUGGAUGUCAUGAACUACUCCCGGCUCCAGGUGCUGCGGUUGGAUGGGAAUGAGAUCAAGCGCAAUGCAAUGCCCCCCGAUGCCCCACUGUGCCUGCGGCGUGCCACCGUCAUUGAGAUCUAGCCUGCUGCCAGCCCCGCUCCUCAGGACUCUACUCCCUCCCUCCCAGGGGGAUACUCACUCCCAUUUUAAUGCAGCUUGACAGUUUGACUUGGCUUCUGCAAUAGUGCAAUAAUGGUGCUCCAAUGCCAGCCCACACAGGGGAGCUCAGCCCUAAAUCCCCCCCGGCUCUCCAGCCUCACAGAUCCCAUGUAGCCAUGCCCUGGUCCAUGUAGGAGGCAGUGGGGAAGGACGAGAGCUCAUCCCAUCUCCAAAACAUGGCGCUUAAGGAGAGGAGCUUAAGGGGAGAAGCCCCACAGCAGGUGGGGUUUCAAACCAGAUGGGACCCACCUGGGUUUAACAGGGGAGGGUUUCACUGCUCCCAGAAUCCUGGUGCCUGGCCCCUGUGCUCACCUGCACUGCAGGAUCUGCCCUGUCCCUCCCACCCCUCCACUUGCUGGCACAGCUCUGGGCUUCCCACCCAGGGAACUGGGCUCCCCCAUUAAGAAUAAACGAUGCAGCAGUAAUAUCUGCAUGGGCAGCACAUCUUGAUUUACUGAGAGCCAAAACACCCACUUGGUUCCUUGGACAGGCUUACUGAGAACCAGAGGGGCAGCUGAGCUUUGAAGAUGACCUGCAAAGCCAAAGUCAUCCAGACUCUCCGCAUUUAAACUGCAUGCUAACACUAUAGAAACAAAAACCUAAAAAAGCCUGCACUAUCACCGGCGCAUGAACUGUAGAUGUCAUUCCGACGAAUAAAGCCCUUUUUGUAACUGCA